GCUGCGGCGAAACUAUUCGCGAUAUACGCUUUGGGAUAUAUAUAUCUUAUUUCGAUCGCAUUAAACUUAAGGUAGCAACCUAAGUUCUGAGCUUGGUUUGUUAACGUGAGAACGAUUACUAGUAACGAUGUUUGGCAGAAUUUUCGGACAGCGUGGCGGCGGACUUCUGCAGAAAGGUCGGACACGGGGUUCAGUACAAACAGAGUCUGCAGUAAGUGAAGGGGCGCCAUCUUUCCUAGGGUCGACAGGUUCUGCGCCUCGUGUGCAUCGACGCCUUUCGCGCAGUUGGAUGGCGGCACAGUGCCAACGUUCAAGAGAAGCCGCAAAAAUAGAUGCACAACAAGUACUUCCAGAGCAGAAUGCGACAGUUGGUCGGCGACUCUUCUCUGGCUCCACAGCUUUUUCAACGAGGUUACAUCCAGCGCAUCCGCGUAAGCCCCCUACUCUUAGAGAGGUCGAGAGAAGCAAGGACUACAGUCGCCUGUUGGGCGAGCUCGAACAGAAAUUUCAUUAGACACGCUCCAACCAAACUGAAACUGAAUACCUUCUAGUACGUAGGAAUGUUUUAAGCACCAUAAGGAUUCCGAUUUUCUUAUUUGACAGAAAUUUGAGGUAUUUUUUAGGGACUCCACUCGGGAGUUGUGCACCAUGCAUCGACCGCUUAGGACAACGCAAUGAAAAGCACAUAAGAAUUGACGAAGAAAUGAACUAUCUCCGCCGUUAUAGCUAGUAUAAUAUAUGUUGAUGAUGUGGGUGCAACUUCCUUAAACUUUAUCACAUUUGAGUCAUUCACUCGUCCCGACACGUGUACAGAAUGAUGUACAGCCCUCUAAUGACCCACGAAAUUUACUUACAAAGACUGCGCUCGACUGUGGGGCAAGAGGAAGAAGUAGUAACUCCCCAAUGAAAAAAAUUGCAGAACUUUCUUCAGAUACG